AUGGCCGACACGGAGAUGGAGGUCGACGCGCCCGCGUCCCCAGAGCGGAAAAAUGAUCUCAGCGAAACCAAGACCCAGCAGAGCGCCGUAGCUGUGCGUAGUAUUGAAGGCUGGAUCAUUAUCGUCACGAAUGUGCACGAAGAAGCCACGGAAGAGGACAUUCAGGACAUGUUUGGCGAGUACGGCGAGAUCAAGAAUCUGCACCUCAAUCUGGAUCGCAGGACGGGCUACGUCAAGGUGUGUUAUACUCUAUACGCUUGCGAUUUCCCGCGUUUCAAACCGCUGACUACCGGGGAAUGUUAGGGCUACAUAUUGAUCGAAUACCCAACCCUGUCCGAAGCGAGAGCCGCCAUCGAAGGCGCAAAUGGCCAACAGCUCCUUGAGCAGACCGUCUCCGUCGACUUUGCAUUUGUGCGCCCACCACCAAGCAAGAGCCAGUCGGGUCCAAAGGGAGGAAGAAAGGGUGGCAGACAGCGUAGCAGGAGUCCUGGUGAACGCCGUGGAGGCCAAGAUGAUGACGAGGACUGA